UCCAUUUCCUUUUGCAAUCCUUUAUGCAGGUUUUGACACCCAAUUUAUCCAUUGGACAAGAGAUGUGGAUUAUUUUUUGGGCGCCCUAUGGCUUUUAUCUUUCAAUGGGGACAGUCAAAAUCAACAUGCCAUGGUAGAAGGACUAGCUGAAGCACUAGCUAUGUUUCCAAAGCCCUCCAAUCAAAUGACACCACAAGAAUACUAUGAUGGAGAACGGCACUGCGUCCUGGUUACAGCGAGUGAUCCCAUUCCAAGAAAAAUGCUAUUGCCAGUUCCUAAAAUCCAUGAAGGAAAUUAUGUAGGAACGCAAUUAGAGACUUCCAUGGUUGAUUUUUUGGAUGUGGCUCAAAUGUUUGGCCCGCUGGCGGUAACCCUUUCAAUAAUAACUCCAAAGCAACAUCCAACUUUUGGAAUGAUAUUUAGUUUGGGGAAUAAUGACUCUUCAAUGGUAAGCAUGCCCAUCUCCAAUUAUAGAAUUGGUAAACUUACUGUUUUAUUGUCAAAAAAUUUUAAGGAGGCACGCCGAGCCAUUCGUGGGAAAAGAACAAUAGAUUUCUGCACAAAAGAAAAUGUAGAAUCAAUGAAGACAACAUUUGAUAUGAGACAUUCUAUGGCCUUGGCUAGCGGUGACCAAGAAGACUUAUUCUCAGCUGGUAACUUUUCCAUUGAAGGGCAAACCAUUGGAGCUGCAAGAAAUAAUAGAUUUGAGAGUCUAAGCCCGUUGCCCUUUGGUGUCCCAAAUGCUACAAUAAAUGAUGAGACACAUGUUCCUUCUUCCAGCUACUCCCAGUCAAUGAAUGUGUAUGAUGAUAUUAUGGCUGAGCUAGGUGAAAAUGAUAUUUUUCUGCCAAAGAAAAAAUCCAAGGCAUGUGUAACAACAAUGGAAGAGGAAAUGUUAAAUGACCUCUUUCAGCCAGAACAGUCAAUUCCAUUAGAUGAGGCCAUUAGAGCAAUGGAAGAAGAAUUUAGACAAGUGUUGGGGGGUAUUGCAACACAAAGUGCAACAACAAACCAAACAUCCACUGUUGACUUGACCUCAAUUUCACCAAUGGUACCUAAUGCAUACACUGCCAAUGCUGGAGAAGGGUCAUCAAUUGGACUAAUUCAGGAACUUGGAAGCAAUAGGGGUGUAGUGAACAAUGUUCUUAGCUCAGAAAACAAUGCAAUUUCCAGUUUCUUGUUGCCUCAAAACAAUCCAAAUUUGAGGCCUGUUGGACCACAAGCAUGGUAUCAACCAAGUGGUGCAAUGAGCACAGCAGAUAGACUAGGGAAUAUUGUUCAUCCUCCGAAGGUUGGUUCUUCAGUUGGUGAUCAUUCCAUUUUCCCUCAUACAACAGGGAACCCAUCUGUUCAAUCUCAACCGCAUUCAUCAUCACCAAGCCUCCCAAUGCUUAAUCCAUAUGGUAUUGGUAACCAACAUUUUCCUAGUUACCACAAGUACCAACUGACUGGGUUUGGUCCACUAGGUACACCUGCAAUAGGAGGAAGCCCUUUGCUUCCUCCUGCACCAAUAAUGGGUCAAUUUAAUCCAGAAAAUUUUUGGCCACGCCCACCAUGUCUUUCAGAUCUUCGACAAUUUCUGAAUGCAUGGGAGGGAACUUUGGUUGGAAAAAUUCUCUCAAACCGAUCAUCCCUUCAUAAAGCAAAGGCCAUGAAGAGAAACACAGCAUCCUUCACUCUUACUCUUCAAUGGCCGACUAGGCUGGAGAUAGCCCUCUUCUUACCUCAGAGGGCUGUUAACCAUACGAAGAAGAUUUGUCGUGGACCUAUAGAUUACGUGUUCUUGCAGACAUUGCAGUUCAACAAUCUUGACUUGUACGACUAUUUGAUGGAGAGAAACAUGUGUGCCAAGAUUGAUCUCCCUUUUCAGACUUUGAUCUUAUCUACUACUGAAAGCAAAUAUCAUUACUUAGGAACAAUUUUCCAUGGGGAAACGAUGUUCGUUGAACCACUCUUCGAAGAAUGAAUGUGGCUCUCGAAAGAAGUCAAAGCUAGAAGUUGAAGGAGCUGCUGCAGGAGUUUGAAGAGCAUUGAUGGAUAGGAGAGACCAGUCAUGAUAUCAUACUCUUCAUUUUUUUCUUAGUUCUUUUUU